AUCAAGUACGAAUUAGCAAACGCUUUGCACGAUCGGUGUUGCUUUUAAAUAUCUCAUACUAUAUCGUUCAUAUCAAUGCCAAUAUCUACUAGCUCCUAUAUUGUCUUCGUAGGCGCUGUCUACAUAGACACCAUUCUUUCUGUUCCCCACUUCCCAGCAGAAGACGAAAAGCUGCGUGCUCACAAGCAAACCCGACGACGAGGCGGCAACUGUGCAAAUUCGCUACAAGUCCUCGAGCAACUCAUCGAGUGGGAUCCGUUUCGUCCCAAGGAUAAUGAGGGUAGAAGGGCAGCGAUUGAAGGCACAUUUGGCCGACUGCACUUACUCGCUGUUCUUCCGGACUUCAAAUCUCAAGACGUCAAAUUCAUCAGGGAGUCCUUGCCAGGCACAAGUUUCGUACCCUGUUCAAUAUUUCGCUCUAACAUGCAACAUGCUGCAUCUAGCUAUAUUAUUCAGAACGAAUCUAAGGGAACUCGUACCAUCGUCAGUUAUAAUGGCCUGCCGGAGAUGACUUUCAAAGAGUUCGACGAACAGAUUUCAAGAUUCAAUGCUCUUUCUCUAGACCUCGUCACGAAAACAUGGUACCAUUUCGAGGGACGGAAUUCAGAUACUCUCCUCCAAUGCGUCAAGCACAUACGGAAUAACGACACACACUGUCAAUUCAGUGUAGAGUUGGAGAAACCAGAUCGUGUUGGGUUGAUUGAAGUAGCCUCUUUAGCAGAUGUUGUUUUCUAUUCCAAACUGUGGGCUGAAGGUCAUGGAUUUGAGGGUCCAAGACCAUUCUUAGAAGCUCAAGUGGGCAACGUAAGAUCUGGUGCACUAUUAAUCUGCACAUGGGGGGCAGAAGGUGCAACUGCUCUUCAAACAGGAAUGACAAAGGGUGCUGGCGAGCUGUGGGAAAGCUCUGAGGCAUGGCAGCCUCCGUCAAGUCAGGAGGGAGACAUUUCUUCUAACCAGGACUCCGUAAUUGAUCCCGUUGGUGCGGGUGAUUCGUUUAUCGCUGGAAUUCUGUUCUGCAUUCUUCAUCGCCAAACAUGGUCAUUGCGACGGAAGAUAGCGUUUGCAAGUGAACUGGCGGGCCGCAAAGUCUUUCAAAAUGGCUUUGACAAUCUUGGAGAACAAAUUUUUUCUAUCCUGAAGAAGAAGUGAAUCGAUUCCACGGAAUCAUCCCAUCCGAAGGAGGUCGCGCCCUUACUGCAGAUGAAAUCUGCUCGUCCAAAGUCGCUCCACAUUCCUAAAUAAAAUCGCUUCCUUCUGGGCGUCAGAGAGGAAUUUGGCAUCAACUAGGGCAGCAACAUUUGCAUUGACAUCCCAAAAGCCCAUUCCAUAUGGGUAGUCCUGAUUUUUGGUAGUAUUAGUCACUGCAGCUAAGGAGGGCAAUCGUACGCAAGUGAAGCCAAAAGUGUAUAGGUACUCACCGUUCCAAAAACGAAUUGACUGGUGGGUACACCGUUUGCCAUCAA